UCCAGCUCCGCUCCGCUCCGCUCCGCUCCCAACUUUUCGCCCUGGAUAUGUACGCCUGCCUUCCCUCCUCGCGCUUUCCCCUCCUCGUGUUUGUAUUUUAUUCUCCGCUCCCGAUUCCCUAGCGCGAGCCUCACAUUUUCAGUUCUCUCUUGUUUCGAGACUGCUGAUGCGUUUCUUGGCGCAGAGGCGUAGAUUGAUGGUCAGACUCUAGCUGGUUUCUUGAUUUCGCAGGCAUGGAUCCCGAGCUUGGCGUCGGCAUGGCACCCCGGAAGAGGGAGUCAUGGCGGACGACGCUGCUGCUGGCGUACCAGAGCCUGGGGGUGGUGUACGGCGACCUGGGCAUCUCCCCGCUGUACGUGUACAAGAGCACCUUCGCCGAGGACAUCACGCACUCGGAGACCAACGAGGAGAUCUUCGGCGCUCUCUCCUUCAUCUUCUGGACGCUCACCCUCAUCCCCCUCCUCAAGUACGUCUCCAUCGUCCUGCGCGCCGACGACAACGGCGAGGGAGGCACGUUCGCGCUGUACUCUCUGAUCUGCCGGCACGCCAAUGUGAGCCUCCUGCCCAACAGGCAGGUCGCUGACGAGGAGCUCUCCACCUACAAGCUGGAGUGCCCACCUGAGGUCGCCGACAGGUCACGCGUCAAGGAGUGGCUGGAGAAGCACAAGAAGCUGCACACCGCGCUGCUGGUCAUGGUGAUGAUAGGCACCUGCAUGGUGAUCGGGGACGGCGUUCUCACCCCAGCGAUUUCUGUGUUCUCAGCUGUUUCAGGGCUCGAGCUCUCCUUGUCCAGGGAUCAGCAUGAGUAUGCCGUCAUUCCGAUAACCUGCGCCAUACUAGUAUUCCUGUUUGCGCUCCAACAUUAUGGCACGCAUCGUGUAGGAUUUCUCUUUGCCCCAAUAGUUCUAGUCUGGCUACUCUGCAUGAGCGCAAUCGGCCUGUAUAACAUCAUCUACUGGAACCCUCAAGUUUACCAGGCUCUCAAUCCCUAUCACAUGCUCAAAUUCCUGAAGAAGACUAGGAAGUCUGGCUGGAUGUCCCUGGGAGGAAUUUUGCUAUGCAUGACAGGGUCUGAAGCUAUGUUUGCGGAUCUUGGUCACUUCUCUUACAGUGCAAUCCAGCUUGCUUUCACUACUUUAGUGUACCCUUCAUUGAUUUUGGGAUACAUGGGUCAAGCUGCUUAUUUGUCCAAACACCAUAACCUUGACGCAAGCUACCAAAUUGGAUUCUACAUCGCAGUUCCAGAGAGUGUCAGGUGGCCUGUGCUUGUGCUGGCAAUAUUGGCGUCAGUGGUCGGAAGCCAAGCAAUCAUCAGUGGAACAUUCUCCAUUAUCAACCAGAGCCAGUCCCUGAGCUGCUUCCCCAGGGUGAAAGUUGUGCACACAUCUGACAAGAUUCAUGGACAGAUAUACAUCCCUGAGAUCAACUGGUUGCUCAUGAUCCUCUGUAUUGCUGUAACUGUCGGUUUUCGCGAUACGAAGCACAUGGGAAAUGCAUCUGGCUUGGCAGUGAUCACGGUGAUGCUUGUGACGACAUGCCUCACAUCCCUGGUGAUCAUGCUGUGCUGGCACCGGUCGCCUUUGCUGGCCCUGAUGUUCUUCCUCUUCUUCGGCUCGAUCGAGGCGCUCUACUUCUCAGCGUCAUUGAUCAAAUUCCUGGAAGGCGCGUGGAUGCCGAUCCUCCUGGCCCUGAUCCUUGUCGCCGUCAUGUUCGUGUGGCACCACACGACCAUCAAGAAGUACGAGUUCGACCUGCAAAACAAGGUGACCCUAGAGUGGUUGCUCGCCCUCGGCGACAAGCUCGGCAUGGUGCGCGUCCCGGGCAUCGGCCUCGUCUACACCGACCUCACCUCCGGCGUGCCCGCCAACUUCUCCCGCUUCGUGACCAACCUCCCGGCGUUCCACCGGGUGCUCGUCUUCGUCUGCGUCAAGUCCGUGCCGGUGCCGCACGUGCUCCCCGCCGAGCGCUACCUCGUCGGCCGCGUCGGCCCGCCGGGCCACCGGUCCUACCGGUGCAUCGUGCGGUACGGCUACCGCGACGUGCACCAGGACGUGGACUCCUUCGAGACGGAGCUCGUCGAGAGCCUCGCCACCUUCAUCAAGCUCGACGCGCUGUUCCGGUGCAGCGACGCCGCCGCGUGCAGCGAGCCGCGGGACAGCAGCUACUACGAGCGCGAGAACGCGCUCACGGUCAUCGGGAGCAACCCGCUGCGGCGGCACCUACACUACGACGACUCCCACGAGAUGAGCGCGGGCACAUGCAGCCCGAACGGGAUAGAGCUCGCCGCGCCGGCGCCGGCGAUCAAGAAGCAUGUGAGGUUCGCGGUGGAGUGCAGACCCAGGAGCCCCGGCGUGGACGAGCGCGUGCUGGAGGAGCUGCGCGAGCUGUGCGAGGCGCGGGAGGCCGGCACGGCUUUCAUAUUGGGGCACUCGCACGUGCAGACGAAGCCCGGUUCGUCGCUGCUGAAGAAGCUGGCUGUCGGCGUCGGGUACAACUUUAUGCGGCGGAACUGCCGCGGCCCGGACGUGGCGCUGCGCGUGCCGCCGGCGUCCCUGCUCGAGGUCGGCAUGGUGUACGUGCUGUGAGAAUGCGGGCUUGUUUGGAGGAGUUAUUCUGAACUAAAUUAUCUGUGGACCUUUACCAAUCGGAUCCUGAGGUGACAAGCAGUUUCCACGGCUUAAACUAUGGAUCUCUCUGGUUGUGCAGUACGCAGAUGUUAACCUGCUGAUGUAAAUUGUAAUGCGAUGCAAUGAUAUUUCCCAGUGGCACUAGAUACGCAACAGCUAUAUUGAUUCAUACACGAUAACAAAGCAAAUGCAUGCCUUGGGAGAAAA